GCGGAUUUGAAGCGUCCAAACGUCAUCACUUUAGAAACGUGUUUCUAACUUGUUAACUGAACUCAACCCUGGUGUGCAUGGGUAGCUGUUCGCAGGAAAAAGAAGAGCAAAUGGGUGGACUUGCUUGUGUUUUCGUGCGCAGUUAUUUCGGGAAAAAUUGAAAUGCGUCGUUUCUUUUUGGCACCUUGCCUGGCGCUGCUGGCUGUGCUCCUGCUGAGCAGCGGUGCUGACGCUCUGCAGGUGAUUGGUGGAAGCGUGACAGUGGUUCAAGGAGAUACAGCUAUCUUACCUUGCAAACUCCAACUCACUGACACCACGGAAGACUUGACACAGAUUACCUGGCAGAGGAGGACCAGAGAAAAACCCAGUAAUGACAAUUUUAUCACUGUUGGACCAAGUGAAGAACCACGGUUUGUCCAUAGACGUGAUGAUCGAUUUAAAUAUAUCGGGAAUUUUAAUGACAAAAAUGGAACUCUCCAGUUAUCCAAUGUUGCCCUGAAGGAUGAAGGCAGCUACACAUGCAUCUUCACCUUGUUUCCCGGUGGAACUAAGAAGACUGAAAUACCUCUAAAAGUGACUGUGCCUCCUUUCACAAACGUCAAGGACAAUCUUCCCACUUUGGGCACAGAAGAGGUUUUAUUUGCUACCUGCACGGCUGCUGGCUCCAGGCCUCCUGCAGAGGUGAGGUGGCUCACUGGUGGUUUGGGAGACAAAGUGAGGACAACAACAAACUCCAUCCAGGAUGACAAUGGUACCACUACUACAGUCAGCUCUCUGUUUGGCGUUCCUACAAGCGAGAUUAAUGGUCACCAGGUCCAGUGUGUCAUCAGCGGUGACUUCCUGACUAAAGAAAUAAGUCUGCCCUUCACCAUACAGGUUUACUUCUCUCCCACAGAAGUGAACAUCAGACUGAUUUCAGAGGACACAUUUGAGUGUGUGGCAGAGGCCAACCCAAAAGCUAAAUAUAACUGGAGCAGAUCUGGCCAGCCUUUGCUGGAAUCUGCUGUCAAAGUAGAGGGUGCAAAGCUACAACUGCUGAGUCUGACCUCUGGUCUAAACGGCCUCUAUCGGUGUGAAGCAUCUAAUCCACAUGGAAGUAAACACAAUCAGCUCUAUGUGCAUGUGGCAUCAGGAACUUGCUCUACUGCUUGGACUUUAUUUGGCCUUUUGGUUUCCCUCAAUGUCAUUGGAGCUGCAGUAUGGUGCUUUUCUAAAUCUGGAUAUUUUAAAAAGCGGCAUCAUCUAGUUUCAAAAGAUUCUAAAAAUGGGACUAAUAGCCAAAGAGAAAUUCUCCGCGAAAAGGGAUCUCAGCUGACAGCUGUGGAAAGCAGAAAUGGACAAUACAGCGCCUGUACUGAGGGCUCCACCAACGUGUGAUUGCGGACUGACUAAUAAACAGAUAAGGAACAGGUUAAAGUACUUGGUAUCAUUUACAUUCCUCCCUCCAUUGAUAUUUCUCCAUUUAUGAAUGUUAGGACCUCAUGACAUCCUCACUGAGUCUGAUUUGACAGUUUCAUCAGUAACAUGGGCAGUAGUAGUCCACCGAGUAGUUGACUGAUAUCAUUUUGUAGAGCUGUGGCAAUGCUCCUAACAUUCCUACUCUGCUGCUGGGUCAAUGCUCUUGUAUGUUGUUGUUCAGCAUUCAUGUAAUACACUGUUCUGAGAGAUGCGGAGCAAAUGUUUUUGCAACAGCAUGUAUGAAUAUGCUGUCCUGGAGCAGCUGAACUCUGUCUGGAACCUGAAUAGGCUUCAGGUACCAUCUCAUGCUACCAGUCAUGGAUACUAGCAAAACUACAGACAACUCAGUCAGGAUGGAUGAGAGUGUAAGAGUAAGAGUGAAGUAAAUAAAAAGUGAAAUAAAUGACCAGAAAUGGAUGUGGACAGAUGGAUAUUUUUCAGUUCAUUCAACUGAAUUCCAUCUUGCAAAGUUUUGGUUGUUAAUGACUGCUUGGUUUUAAAAUGCAGCAUACCAGAAAGAGCUUUGAAGCAUCACACAACCAACAAAGCUUCUCCCGUGUGUCAUAUAGUUCUGACUUUUUUGUUGUUGUUGUUGUUUUGUUUUCAGUGGAGGGGGGUGGGUGUUUAUGUUUGUGGCAACUUUUUUAAAAGCCUUAAAUCAUUCAAGUGUGCUGUUUGCUUUGUUUUAAAUUAACCAGCUUUAAGUUAUUGUGUUUCAUUUACAUUUCUGUCUUUCCUGAAAUUUCAACACUGCAUUUUUUUUGUUUGUUUUGUAAUUAUCUUUAUGAAGUGUUACAUUGUUAAUAUUUUUACCUCUUUUUUAAAAAUAUAUUUGCAUUGUUCCUCAGUACACAUAUUUUUAGUGUAUAUAUCAAACCUGUCAUCCAUGAUAAUACAAUACAGGAUCUCGUGGAUAAAUGAUAUACACAGACCGAAGCUUUCUGACACGUCAUAUGGAUGGAAACUGGUUUCGGUCACGAACCCUCAGAUUGUAAUUUUUGGGUAAUCUUGUUUAAUUCUUUACUAUCAAGUCUCCAGCCGCUCCUAAUUCACGUGAGCAGUGUUUUGACUAUUCAUUUCACAAGUCUGCACAGCUUCUUUGUAGCUUAGGUUUACUCACAAAAUGUUUGACCAGAAAAAUGACUACAGUGAUCAACUGAUUGUGUUAUCAAAUAAAAUAUCUCAGAAGUGCUGCGUGCGAUGGAGGAGCAAUGUAGUAUUGUUCCAGGGAAGGCUCCGGUGCAAACAAGUCUUCUAGAAACUUGAACUGCAGUGGGUUACCUGACAUGUUUCAAUACUGUCUACGACACAGGAGAAAAGAAAAAAAAAACUUUUACUCUUCUGAAGUAAUAUACCAACAUUAUACAUGUGGAACUGUGUCUUAAUCAUUUAAAAGUAGCUCUUUAUCUAUUCUCGCCGUUACUAGAAACUGAAAGUCAGAAUGUCUCAAACUGCUGUUUUGUUUUUACAAGUUACUGUUUUUAUUAAGUUGGUUUUUGACUUGCUUUAAUUUUAUAGAAUAAACAUAAAUGACCUGCAUGUCCCUGUCUCAUUGAAU